UGCCUCUUGCCCCGGUUUUGGUUCCACAUCGUCUACCCAGUUUCAAGAUGGCAGCCAUGAGGCUAUGAAGAAGCGACAAAUGUUUCUGGAAUAAAUAAUGAAAACAGAUACUAGGUAGCAGCUGUUAGACACAUACGAUUGUGAUAUGACUGGUAUCAUUAUUGCAAGUGUGUUGUUUCUAGAGUGAAAUUUACAAGGAAAAAUACGUUGCAUACCGGUAUGCUCAUUUGCUAAGCUAGCGUUAGCUAGCCAAAUAAAUGAAUUCUGGGGACGGCCACAUCUGAUUCGCCAGCUGUCAGCUAAGCAAACAUAUUGAUCUGUGCGCUCAACUUCACCAUGGCCAUCUCUCAGUUUCGCCUUUUUAAGAUUUGCACAUGGCUUGCAACCUUCCUUUCAUUCUUCAAAAGGUUGAUAUGCAGAUCUGGGAGGUUGCGUAAGCUAAGCGGCGAUCAGAUAUCUCUUCCAACGACGGUUGAUUUUUCAUCCUUGCCCAAACAGCCAGAGAUUGAAGAAUGGAGCUCGUGGGAUGAAGACGGUCCCACAAGUAUCAAGAUCGAGGGCGGUAACGGCAACAUGCCACCUCAGCCUGGCGAGGAAGAGGAACCAGACUACUUCAAAGACAUGGCUCCCACCAUCAGAAAAACACAGAAAAUUGUGCUGAAGAAGAGGGAGCCACUCAACUACUUGGUACCCGACGGCAGUGCGGGCUUCUCCAGCAGACUGGCAGUCACUCAAGACACCUCCUUCAUCCAACCAUCUUCUGAGCUUGGAGACAUGGAUACCUGGCACGAGGACGCCAACGCCUGGGAGGAUGAGUCGUCAGAUGCUGCCUGGGAGGCCGAUUUAGUGCUCAGACAACAGAAGAUGGCAGAGAGAGAGAAGCGUUCCAUGGAGCAGCAGAAGAAGAAGAUGGAGAAGGAGGUUCAGAGGAUGAUGAAGAAGGACCAGAAGAUUGCUGUCAAGCUCUCGUAACAUUUUUUUCGAGCACUCAUCCCGUGAGCUGGAGGGCAAAAAGAGAAACACUGAGACAAACGUCACACGCUAUUCUCUAGUCAUCACCACACGAAGAUCAUCUCUACUCCACACAAUGGUCAUUUUUAAAAAUCUCUGUCCACCAGCCAUCAUUCGAGGCAUGGCUUGGCCAGUGUGAUGUUUGCUCAAUGACUGUUGCAUUCAGCUGUCGGAAGGCACUUCAUACCUGGGAUGUGUUCAUUAGGGCACGCAACGGAAAAUGUAAAUGAGCAUGUCCCUCCCUGUUUCAGUCCGUUUUCUUCUGUUUGGCGCCGAAUGAACACAACUCUGAUUUAAUUACAGUUUGUGUGACGAUACUUUAUUGAAUCUGAAGUGUUCAAUAAAUACUCUGUGCAAUGCCCUUUGGUAUCAGAGUCAGAGACUUGGUAUCAAAUGUCACUCUGGCUAGGUAUGACUCUGGGUUCAGUAGUUAGAUCGGAGUUAUAGAAAACAAACAGUCCAUUUGUAUUUCCCAGGAAUACGUGUAAAUAUACUGGUACCUAUAGUACAAGUGGACUCUCAAAAGAGACCUAUUUCUCUGACUUUGUCUUAUUUAUAACAUAAAGGACAAUGGCGUGUAAUUAAAUGUAAGUCUCACUGUAUAUCAGUUACAUACA